GCGUCGGGCAGGGUCGGCGGCGUCGGCCUCAGUGUCGGCGGCAGCGGCGGCGGCGGGUGGGAAAUGGCGGAGUACUUGGCCUCCAUCUUCGGCACCGAGAAAGACAAAGUCAACUGUUCCUUCUAUUUCAAAAUUGGAGCAUGUCGUCAUGGAGACAGAUGCUCUCGGUUGCACAAUAAACCGACCUUUAGCCAGACCAUUGCCCUCUUGAACAUUUACCGUAACCCUCAAAACUCUUCCCAGUCUGCUGACGGUUUGCGCUGUGCUGUGAGCGAUGUCGAGAUGCAGGAACACUAUGAUGAGUUUUUCGAGGAGGUUUUCACAGAAAUGGAGGAGAAGUAUGGUGAAGUGGAGGAGAUGAACGUCUGCGAUAACCUUGGCGACCACCUGGUUGGAAACGUGUAUGUCAAGUUUCGCCGUGAAGAAGAUGCGGAAAAGGCUGUGAUUGACUUGAACAACCGUUGGUUUAACGGACAGCCGAUCCACGCCGAGCUCUCCCCCGUGACCGACUUCAGAGAAGCCUGCUGCCGCCAGUAUGAGAUGGGAGAGUGUACACGAGGAGGCUUCUGCAACUUCAUGCAUCUGAAGCCCAUCUCGAGAGAGCUGCGACGGGAGCUGUACGGGCGCCGACGCAAGAAGCAUAGAUCGAGGUCCCGGUCUCGGGAGCGUCGCUCGCGGUCUCGAGACCGUGGUCGUGGUGGCGGCGGUGGCGGCGGUGGCGGCGGUGGGGGACGGGAGCGUGACCGGAGGCGGUCGAGAGAUCGUGAAAGAUCUGGGCGAUUCUGAGCCAUGCCGUUUUUACCGUAUGUCUGCUAGAAAGUGUUGUAGUUGAUUGACCAAACCAGUUCAUAAUGGGAAUUUUUUUAAAAAACAACAAAAAAAAACAAAGAUGGGUUUCUGAAUAAAAUUUGUAGUGACAACAGUA